UCAUCCGGGCACCUGUUGUGAAAGAAAGAAAACAUGGCUGCCUCGAACGAAUCGGGGACGAGUGACUCGAAUAGUUCGACGAAUACCAACCCUGACGAACAUUUAAAGAAGCUUUAUCCGGCUGUAAAUGAAGAGGAAACUCCUCUACCCCGUUCAUGGAGUGCAAAGGACAAAUUCAACUACCUUGGUCUCACACAAAAUAACCUGCGAGUGCAUUACAAAGGAGUUGGGAAAACCCACAAGGAUGCGGCAAGUGUGCGGGCCUCCCACCCAAUACCUUCAGCUUGUGGAAUAUACUAUUUUGAAGUGAAAAUCAUCAGUAAAGGCAGAGAUGGAUAUAUGGGGAUAGGCUUGGCUGCCCAGGGCGUGAAUCAGAACAGACUGCCAGGCUGGGACAAGCAGUCAUAUGGUUACCAUGGUGAUGAUGGUAACUCGUUUUGUUCCUCUGGCCAGGGUGAGCCGUAUGGGCCGACAUUUUCCACCGGGGAUGUGAUAGGCUGUUGUGUGAACCUGGUCGAGAACACCUGUUUCUAUACGAAGAACGGUGUUAACCUUGGCAUUGCAUUUACAGAUUUACCUCACGGGCUGUAUCCAGCAGUUGGCCUUCAGACUCCAGGAGAAGUUGUGGAAGCCAACUUUGGCCAGGUGCCAUUUGCCUUUGACAUUGAGGAUUACAUGAGGGAGUGGAAAAUGAAGACACGACUGACCAUAGAGAGGUUCCCAGUGAAUGACAAGAGGGGGGAGUGGCACAACGCCCUACAGAGUAUUGUGUCCACGUAUCUGGUACACCAUGGCUACUGUGCAACUGCCGAGGCCUUUGCCAAGUCUACGGGACAAAACAUACGGGAGGAUCUAGCCUCAAUCAAAAACAGACAGAGAAUAUCAAAACUUGUGUUGGCUGGUCGUAUGGGUGAAGCCAUUGAAACCACACAGCAGUUGUACCCAAUGCUGCUGGAGAGAGACUCCAACCUAUUGUUUAUGUUAAAGUGCAGACAGUUUAUAGAGAUGGUGAAUGGAUGUGAUAGUGAGGUGAGGGGGGCUGCAUUGAGGAGCCCGAGAUCUCAGAAUGGGGGCAGUGCCCGCUCCAGCCCAUCGAGGAGCCCUAUACACCACACCCACGUCCCUAGGGUCAGUCCCUUGGCUGCUCACCAACCACACUCAGGGAGCACUAGUCCUAGUAGAUCUAAGACUCUAAAAUUACAACACACUAGUUUCCAAUCCCACCCUCACUCUUCAAACUCUAGCACUUCCCAAAAUAGCUCAUCCACGUCAUCCUCUGCCUCAUCUUCAUCGUCAUCACUUAGCAACAGUGGUGUAACCAAUAGCAACAAGACUAACAACCAAUCAGAUUCAAAGGCUCUCAAUUCGAAUUCAGAGGAGAAUUUGAAUGCGAUGAAUGUGUCAAACUCAAGUGCAAAUGGUGUUGUGUUAAAUGGAAGUGAGUCACGUUUGAUUGAAGAUGUAGAAAUGUUGGACGGUAUUGUGCCGGAAAGUGAUGGUAUAGUGACUAAUGGCCAAGCCACUAAUGGGCAGUGUAUGAAUGGAAAUAAUGGAAUGGAAUGUAAAGACGAAGAUAUGGAUGUGGACCCUCCACUAUCGCGACGCCAGUUAUGUGGUGGUAGUCAACUUGCCAUUGAGAAGAUGUUGCAGUUUGGGAGGGAGCUCCAGUCCAUGAGUGUACGCUUGAAAAAGGAACAUGGCAAAAAUGAUGCGAACAAGAAACAACUACAGGAUGCAUUUAGCCUACUUGCGUACUCAGACCCCUGGUCAAGCCCCGUGGGUGGACAGUUGGACCCCGUACAGCGUGAACCAGUCUGUGCAAACCUCAACAGUGCCAUCCUGGAGUCACAGUCACUGCCAAACAAACCACCACUGGAACUUGUGAUAGCCCAGACCCGCCAGUGCAUGCGCCUCAUGUCGAGUUCGGGCAUAGCGUCCAGUGCCUUCGCUAGUACAGACAGUUACCUUCAUUGACGACACGCUCACACUUAAGUUCCCGUCAAUGUGAAUACUUCCCCAAGUCAUUGGCAUUAUUGUUGUUUCAGAGUAUCUCAAAUGUGCAUUUGUUAUGUAAAUGUGACAUAUAUAUCCCUGGUGACUGAUUGGUCGAUUGAUUAAUUGAUAGAUGUAUUUAUUGAUUGAUUUGAUUGAUUGAUACAAAAUGUUACAUAACCCAGUUAUCACCAUAUAUCCAUUUUCUGUACCCAACGUUUUAUUUCAAGUUCAUACAUGUACAAUAAGAUCAUCCCAUACUUUUAAAAAUCUCAUAACAUUGCCUAAACUGUUGUGUAGUUACCAAGGUAGAAAGAAUUGUGUUGUUUUUUCAGGUUUUUAUGAUUUUCAAUACUGCUGGAAGCUAUCGAUGUUUUGAACGUAAUCGGUCGCCUUGAUGCAAGAACCCACUAACUGUCUGAUUUUAGUAUGCCUUUAGUGAGUUCUUGCACUGGGGUGAUGAUAUAGAAAUGAUUCUGAAAUGAUAUAAAGUGACCUCAAUGUCAUUUUUAGGGUAAUAAUUUUCCUAAAUUGGUAUGUUUCAAAACUGACCCCUGGAGCUAUGGCUAAAACAAUCUCAAUGUUGAGUUCAGACCCAAUUGACAAAACUGCUAAUCUUCUUUUCAUUGUAACUUUCCUUCAAGUUAUGUAUUGAUGAUGCACUAAGCUGGAUUUUUAUUAAUAUUUUUAAUAUUACAUUUAUUUAAAUCUAUUUUUUAAAAUGAAGGAAGCAAAACUUAUUCUUUGUAUUUUUUUAUAAAAAUGCUUUUUUAAGUCUCAGUCUGGAAAAGGACUUGACACUGUUUGUUACCCAGGAAACUUCUGGCUAUUCCAUUUAAACAUAUAACCCCCGGGGGAAGGCACUUUAAAAUUAUGCCACCUCCCUAUAGAAGCAAAUUUACCCUUUUGGGGUUCAAAUAAGAGAAAACAGACACCCACCCAUACACUUUUUAAAUAAUUGCCUUCCCUGUGGGUUAUAUGUUUUACUUGAAUAGCCCUUGUGUAAAUUCAUGAUCCUUGGGGAUUAUUGACUUCUUGUUAAAUAUCAGUUUAAGGCAAUCAGAUCAAAUUAUACAGAAAAAAGGCAGGGAAUUUGAAAUAUUACCAGACAAGGCUAGAACAACCAUAAUGAUGUAUUCUAAUUGGUAAACAUUAUCGUAUUAUAUCAUUUUUUGGAUAAGCGUGUCAUUUAUUUAACCUGUGAGGCGUUUUUGUACUUUGUCUAAAUGGAACUUCAUUAUAUAACUGAAAAGUAUUUCUUGCCUAUAUACUAACAAAUUAGGUUGAUUACAGCUACAUGUAGGAAUCUUUUCAGUUUUGUUUUUAUUAACUCUUACUUAACCAAGUGAUUGAAAGAAGUAUGCCACAUGUAUUGUUUGUGAAUAUUUUACCUGUUUACCGAUGUCUUUCUUUGCUUUUCCCAAAUUUGAUAGGAGAACAUCUUCAUGUUCACCAUUGUUGUAAUCAAGAUAAAAGUAUGGUGACAAUUUUAAGAUAUAGUGUGGUAUGAAUUUCAAAAUAGAGCAUGGUGACCAUUUUUAAAAAAAAUAAAGUAAUUUGACAAUUUCAAGAUAAUGUAUUAUGACAUUAUCAAAAUAAAGUUAAUUGACAGUUUCAUGAUAAAGAAUGUUUUUAAUUUCAAGAUAAAGUAUUAUGACAAUUUCAAGGUAAAGAACAAUGACAAUUUAAAAAUAAAAUAUGUUAAAAGUUUCAUGAUAUAGAAUGUUUACAAUUUCAAGAUAAAGUAUAUCGACUUUUUCAAGAUAAAGUAUGUUGACUUUUUCAAUAUAAAGUAUGUUGACUUUUUCAAUAUAAAGUGGGGUGACAAUUUCAAGAUAAACUAUAGUGAAACAUUGAAGAUAAAUCAUGUUGACUAUUUUAAGAUUAAGCAUGUUGACAAUUUAUCAUUGUUCACAGUAUUAUUAUUGUUGCUUUCAUAACAACACAUGAAAUAUAACAAAAACUAAAAUGAAGCAAAAAUGGUCUAAUAUAAUGAAAAUGAAGUGAUGUAUGCCAUGCAAGUUACUGUAACAAAAACAAUAUAAAAUGACACAUUUUGAGGGUAUUGCAUACACUUAAAGAUAAAUUUAGUGUUAUUUUAUCACAAGUAAAACAUUUAAAACGAUGCCAAAAAACUUAACUUUUCAAAAUAUAAGAUACUUAUUUUUUUGCCUCUUGGUUCAUAUGAUAGGGAUUAUUCUUAUAGAAAACAUAAAACAAUGAUUCUUAAUGGAAGUAUUAAAUUGCAUUGUUAAAAGAAUUACAAAUUGAACAUUUCUUUAAGGGGUUUCGUUGGAUAAACUGGUGUGUACAUGUAUUAUUUUAUGUUAUUGUACAGGGAUUGCAGAUUCUUGGGUUAUCUUGAACAGGAUUGAGAUAUGUCAAUUUAAACCUAUUGUACAGUUGUUAAGUUUGUAUUUUGCAUGUUAUUUGCAAGACCUAGAAUGGGAUAUUAAUGGCUUUAAAAACAAUUUCAACAUCGUUUGUAACCUUUUGGUUGUCUCUGAAGCCCUCAUACCCUCUCUAAAACUCAAGGCUCAUUUUCAAUAACGUUCUGCUGAGUCUGAGUUGGAGACUUAGACUGUCAAAAUGCUAUAACAGAAGUUCAUAUAGUCAAAAUUACUGUUACAAAUAGUUGGCUCUGCAAUGAAGCACACAUCUUUUUCAAAAUUGGGUUUUAUUAUAGAUAUUUUGAAACAUUUAAGAAUUAAGUUUUUUGAGCCUGAGUCUGAAAUUCAGACUCUAGACUAAAGCGACUAAGCCCUAGUUUUUUUUAGCAUUGGUAUUUUCGAUUAACAUCAGUGAUUUGUAAGAUAAGAGACAUAAGUAUUCCAAGCUUGUUUUCAUGGUGACUGACGUAUAUAUAUUUAAGUAUAGUUUAUAGGUUUGUACAAAGUUUUAUUAACUGUUAUUACUGUUUUAAUGUAGGAAUUGGUUUGUAUUGUUAUCAGUGUAAUAUUUGUUUUCUUUUGUAAACAUACAAAUUGGACAUAUUCCAUCUUGGAUACAAGUUGUUGUAAAGUUGUAAAGUUUUCAUCAUGAUUAAUAAAUGUCCAUUUUCGUAGACAUACAUGUACACGUUUGUUAAUAGUUGCAUGUGAAUGGUGACAAAUGGAAGAUGUAUAUCACACAUUUUGUAUUUAAUUUAUUCUUACUUAAACAUUUCUACCAGUGAAGUAUGAAAGAUAAAUGAAUUGACCGGCGUAUAUAGAUAUGUUUCUGUGUGAUUAACUACAAUAAAGAUUGAAGAUUG